AUGCGACGAGUGCAUCGAGAGCUUGGAGGAGCUCUGCCGCACCAACCGCGUCUUGCCGUCGGGCACAGACAAUCCGCGGUGGCGAGAAUCGCGCGACUCGCGGGUGCUAGGACGCAGUUGGGACGACGGUUCGUAUACGUGGGCGGUGGUGAUCGCGAUAGAUAUCUAGCGUGGUGCGAGAUCGACGCCGCGUUCGAGAGGCGCGUUCUAACCGGUGCGGUGAUAAACUUUGAACACAUAGAUCCGCGACAGUUUUUGGAAGACGCCGGUAGUGUGGUGCUCGAGCGAGUGCGAGGCGCUAUAGAGAGACACGGUAGCGUGAAAGUGAACACCGCGUUCAACGGUGAGUUCAUUGUGGGCGAUAAACGCACCGUUAUGGGUAUAAACAGUAAAAAUUGUGAACUGUAUCCAGCGUCGAAUGUGCGCGAGUGGUACGUGUCGCGCGUUAUCGAGCCUACGUUGGCGUCGCUCGAAGAGCACCAGGAGCACGACAGCGGGUGGGCACUCUCGCGAAUCCUGAACUUGACGGUGAACGUGAACAAACUUAAUUCUACGCACGCGGGAUGCUACAUCGAAAUGCCGAAGAAAAUUAAGGACAAGCACGCACUGGUUAACGUAAGUUCGAACGACAAUGCGUGCUUCGCGUGGUCGGUAGUAGCCGCUCUGUAUCCUGCAGAAAAUCAUGUGUAUCGGGCAUCGUCGUAUCCGCAUUACUCUACAGUUCUCAACUUCGCGGAUAUCGAGUUUCCGGUAACUCUUAAAGACGUUAAAAAAUUCGAACGCUCGAACAAUAUGUCGGUCAACGUCUACGGUAUCGAGGACGGGGACAUCCUGCCUCUCCGGCUCACCGACGACAAAAGGGAGAAGCACGUCAAUCUCCUGUACGUGCAAGACGGCGACACGGAACAUUUUGUGUGGAUUAAGCAUCUGUCACGCCUCGUUAGCACGCAAAUCAACAAAUAUGGGCGCAAGAAAUAUUUCUGCGACCGUUGCCUCCACUACUUCAAUACCAGCCAAAAAUUGGAAAUCCACAGCGAGGACUGCGGUAAAUUAAACAAGUGCGCUAUCCGCCUACCUAGCGAGGAGAAAAAGUGGUUGGAGUUCCACAACUACGGCAUGAAGGAGCGGGCGCCGUUUGUAGUAUACGCCGACCUGGAGUGCGUCUUGCGAAAGACGGAAGACGCUGCAACAUCGACAUCGUCGUACGCGUACCAGCAGCACGAGGUCUUUAGUAUAGGGUACUACGUGCGGUGCUCGUACGACGAUACGUUAUCGGCGUAUCGGUUUCGUCGCGAUAACGGCUGCGUCAGCUGGUUCGCGCGCCAGCUCGAGGACUUGGCGCACCGCGCGAAAACUAUAAUAUCCGCUAACCAGCCUAUGGAUUUCACGCGAGAUGACUGGCAGAAAUUCAACAGUGCAACGCACUGUCACAUCUGUGAGAGGCCGUUCGCGCCGGGUGACGAGCGGGCACACGAUCACUGCCACCUCACCGGGCGAUAUCGCGGCCCAGCACAUAAAGGAUGCAACGUAAAUUAUAAGGACUCUCUUUACAUACCGGUUGUAUUCCACAACCUAUCGGGAUACGACGCGCACUUCGUUAUGAAAGAAAUCGCUACUAAAUUCAAGGGGCAAGUAGAUCUGCUUCCUCUGACUAAAGAAAAAUCCGAAUUUUCAAAUCUGUCGGACAAAGAUUUCAAUUUGCUUACUCGUAAAGGAGUAUUUCCGUACGAGUACGUAGAUUGCGUCGAAAAACUGAAUGAUACACGCUUACCGCCGCGUGAAUCGUUUCAAAGCUCGCUGACGGAUGAUACAGUGUCCGAGAGCGAUUACGCGCACGCCGCGAACGUAUGGAAGCGGUUCGCCGUGCGAACCCUCGGCGAGUACAGCGAUCUGUACUUGAAAACCGAUGUACUGUUAUUGACCGACGUUUUCGAAAAUUUUCGCGAAAGUUGCGUCGCGAGUUACGGUCUCGAUCCCGCGCAUUACUACACAUUGCCCGGUUUCACGUGGGACGCUAUGCUGAAACACACGCGCGUGAAAUUCGAGUUGCUCACCGAUAUAGAUAUGGUGAUAUUUAUCGAGCGCGGUGGCCUAAGUCAAUGUUCCGGCAGAUACGCAAAGGCCAAUAACAAGUACAUGCAGUCGUACGACUUGUCGGAAACGUCGUCGUAUUUAAUGUACUACGACGUUAACAACCUGUACGGAUGGGCGAUGUGCCAACCGCUGCCAUACGCAGAUUUUCGAUGGGUCAAAGACGCCGCGAACUUCGACGCAAACGCGAUCGCUCCGGAUUCGCCCACCGGGUACAUUUUCGAGGUGGAUCUCGAGUAUCCACAACAUCUUCACGACGCGCACGCUGAUCUACCGUUCUGCCCGACGCGCGAUAAGCCGCCCGGCAAGCGCGAGAAUAAACUGCUCGCGACUCUUUACUAUAAACAGCGUUACGUCAUACAUUACCGUAACCUUCAGCAAUGCAUACAUCACGGCCUUCGCGUAACGAAGAUCCAUCGCGUGUUACGAUUCGCUCAAUCAGCCUGGCUCCGUGAUUACAUCGAAUUGAACACGCAAUUCAGAACGCGCGCGAAAAACGAUUUUGAAAAAAAUUUAUACAAAUUAAUGAACAACGCGGUAUUCGGCAAAACGAUGGUGAACAUGCGCGAUCGCGUCGACGUGAAAUUAGUAACUACAUGGGACGGGCGGUACGGCGCGGAGGCAUUGAUCGCGAAACCGAAUUUCCACAGCGCGUGGACGGAAAGAGAGAGACGAAGAAGGCAAAGGGUGUAA